AAAAAAAAAUUAGUUUUUAAGUUGGAAACAUGCUGCGGCAAACCGUAAACUGUGUAAAAUAUCGACUUGUGCCACAAAUUCGGAAUCAAUCAACUGUGGCAAAUGCAGAGACCACCAAAUGGGAUUUAUUCGUUGGUGUACAAAUUGAACGAUUGCCAAUCAUAACAAAAACAUUAACCAAAUUGGAACGUGACUACCAGGAGCUGUUGACGCAAUUGGAAUUUGAGAAUAGUUACAAAUCGGAUUUUGAGCUGAAAGAACAGCGAGAUGUUGCGUAUGCACAGUCGCUGAAGGAAGGCAAGCUCAAGGUUGAUUUGGACGGAGUGGCUCAGCAGACGGCAUUGGAUUUGAAAGAUUUAUGGAAAACGGAACGCAGUCGAUUUCAACCGGCAUCACGAACCACAGAAGCCGAUGAAAAAAAUGACAUGAAGUCAACGAAUCGCAAACUAGACCAUCCGUUGACAUUGAUAAUGGAACAAAAGUUGGGAAACGAAAAACUCUUCUUACUCCCACAGGGGAAAAUUUCAAACGGCGAAACAUUGUACGAUGCCGCGCAACGAAUCAUCAAAGAAUUAUGCGGCGAUACGAUUCAAACGAGCAUUUAUGGCCGGGCCCCGUGUGGGUUCUACAAGUACAAAUAUCCGAAAGAGAUUCGUGGUGAAUUCGUCGGCGCCAAAGUGUUCUUCUACCGGGCCAUUUUGAAAAGUGGGCAAGUAGACGCAAAGCACGUCAAUUUUGAAUGGCUCAACAAAGAAGAGCUACUCACCAAAGUAGACAAAUACAGCAAUUAUAAAAGAAGUAUAAGCAAAUUUAUUAUUUAAGUUGUUUUGACAAAAUGAAUUGAAUCGCUCAGUGAAAAAAUCAACAACGGAAAAACAAUAAAUAGAAUAAUAGUAAA